AUGAUUGGCUGUGUGGUUACUUGUUUUCAGACUUAUGCUUUCUGGAACCCUAUCCUCAUUCCUCUCUCGCGCUGGAGGCUGCCGGUCCUCAUCUUCUUCGUCGCCGGUCGUCGUCUACAUCUCCGGUUGUUGGUCAUCUUCUACAUCUCCGGUAAUAAUCAGAAACCGGGAUUUCUUGUAGGUUCAUAUGGACUAACUUGGGCCCUGAAGAACUCAAGCAGGAUAUCAAAACUAGCAAUACUAAACAGUCCGUUAACAGUUUCAUCUGUUAUUCCUGGACUUUUUCAGCAGCUAAGGCAUGGUUCAUGGACGAUAGCAACGAAGAUCCAAGGCUUCCUCGCCAUGACAGCCCUAAUGAAUUUGUUUCCAUCAACCAAUUAGCAGGUCAUUACUCUCUCUCUCUAUCUAUCUAUAGUUUUACUUAGUUGUGACGUUGCAGAAAAAUGGUGAGUUUUGCAGAAUUUGGUCUCUUAUACUGGAAGCUGAAUCCAAAUGAUGUUGAGGAAGAUUAGAGAAACUAGGGGAUACAAUUACAUGGUAAUGUUGUAUUAAUUUUUUACUAAUUUCAUUUUGUUUUCUGUAAUCAGAAGGUGCUUCAAUUUUUUGCGUUUUCAUUAACCUGAUAGAAAUAUAAA